AUGACUUCAAAAAAAGGUGACGAGAUCGAGGUCCUUAGAAAAACCGACGACGGUGACGUUCCAGUCUGGUUUCCAGCAACCGUAAUGAACUCUCCGUCUCCGGAGGGGACUCUACAUGUGAAGUUCACUACCUUAUAUAUGGAACGGUACAGUAAGGAUGGGAGACGGAAGAGAAAGAAAAUCAGGGAUUACGUCAACGUAAUUGACGGAGUUAGGAGGCCGGUGACACAGGCGGAGCCACACCGUUGCUUCUCUGUUGGGGAAGAGGUGGAGACAUUUCACGAGAAUCGGUGGCGGAGGGGGGAAGUGAAGGAAGUAUUGGAGAAUUCCAUGUAUAAGGUGGUGAUUGGUGGUGCGGUUGAAGUAGUGGUUGAGAAAUCGAGGGCUAGGGUUUAUCGUGAUAGAUCUUCCUUUCCUUCUACUCUUGAUCCACCACAGGAAAAGUCAUCUCAUCUGGUUUUGCAAUCCAACAAAAGAACAAAGUUGAGGAUAGUAUGUAAAUCAAAAACUUUAAGACCUGAUCCCUUCCCAAAUGGUACACCAGUGGAGGUCAGAAGCUAUGAAGAAGGGUACCAAGGUUCCUGGUAUGCUGCCAUGGUGGUCGGGUCAGUAGAUGAAACUAAGAUUCUGGUGCAAUAUGAAACCUUAAAAACAGAUGAUGAAAUGCAACCACUUGUGGAAAUGGCGGAUGCUUCAAAUGUAAGGCCUCCUCCUCCAACAAUCCAUCGAAUGGAUCGUUUUAAGAUGCUUGAAGAAGUGGAUGCAUGGUAUAAUGAUGGAUGGUGGGUAGGUCAUGUUUCAAAAGUUCUUGGUGGAUUGAAGUAUACAGUCUACUUUUGGAUAACCAAUGAGGAAUAUGAGUUCCAACAUUCCGAGUUAAGACCUCAUCAAGAACUGAUCAAUGAAAAAUGGGUUGCUUCUUUCUUGAGACCGAAACUUUUGGAAAAACCCCGACCUGAAAAAGUAAAAUUACAAACAGGUGGUGGAAGAACAUUAAUGGUAGGUCUUUUACGGGGGCUGAAAGUAGAAAUAGCACACGGUGAAAAUGGAUUUUUAACCACUUGGUACCCUGCAGUGAUUCUAGGCCCGGUUAAUAAAGGUAAAUACUUGGUGGAAUAUCGGACACUGAAAACAAGGGAUAAUGGGCUUUUAAAAGAAGAGGUUGAUGUGAUGUCCAUGAGACCUUGUCCACCUAUCAUUCAAUCACCCAAUCAAUUUCAAGUAAAUGAUCGGGUUGAUGCUUGGGAUUUCAACGGGUGGCAAACGGGUCAAGUUUUUAAAACCAUGAAGGAGUUUAAGUAUGCGGUUUAUUUUUGGGCAACAAAGAGUGUGGUUGAAUACAGGCAUGACUAUCUGAGGCUGCAUCAAGAUUUCAUUGAUGAUGCAUGGUUACGUGCUACCACGGAAUCACGGCUACAAGCAACGUAA